UUCUUUCUUUUUCUUUUUUCUUUCACUUCAAAAAAAAAAAAGUCCCCACGGUUGCGAGAGGGCUCUAUAUAAAGUUGGGAGGAUGUUCCGUAGCGCUACAUAGGAGCUCCGAUUUUGAAAGCAAGACAAAAUGUUACCGCAGAGCCUCAAAGAGGGUGUCCUCUCAGCCCUUCUUCUUCUCCUGGCAGUGUCGGGCCAGUCAGCACAAAGCACAAGGAAUCCCACUCGGCUUCAAAAGGACAGCACGGAGGAUCCUCUACUUUUGAGUCCCCAGAGGCCGUGCGGGAGCCAAGACCAGAAGUUCUGUCUGAACGGCGGCGCAUGCAUCUACCCCCAAGAUACCAGCAAGCCCUUUUGCAUAUGCCCGUCUGGCUUCAGCGGGAAUCGCUGCCACUAUGACCGCGAGGUGGACACCAUGUUUUCUCGCCGUCACAUAGCUGUGGAGCACCUCAUUUCCCUCAGCUGCGGGGCAGCCAUCGUCCUCUUCAUUCUGGUCUUCAUCGCCUACUGCGUCAUCCGAAGGAGGUAUACAAAAUCAAGCAAACAAAUGGAAUCUGCACCAUGUGAGGUGAAAGUGUGACACCCUACCUGAGAGUCUUCAACUUUCUUCAUCUCUGCCACAACAGACAGAAAGCAACAUUUUUUUUUCAUCGGAACACAAAGCCUGUCAAGAGUAACACCUUCAAAUAAAAUUGGACUAUUUAUUGUUAUAAUUUAUUUUGUUCCAUGUAUUUAAUGUUGUACUAAUAAAUGAAUGAGAUUUUAAA